CUGAAAUGGGUCAUUCAGGUUCAAGGACGGCUUCCUUCACCUUUUCCUUCUUCUGUGCAACAAUUUCCCAUACCGAAGCCAAGAACGAGAAGGCUGGAUAAGGUAGCCGAAGAAACAUCAGAAGUCAAAUUCUCAGAAGCUCCAGUGCUGGUAUUACCUGAAUACACUACAGAAGAGUGUCAUUUGAAGAUGUACCUGGUCUACCCUAAUGCCAAUAGGCAAGCCGGCUGCACAGUGAUCUGGAGGGAUAUCGUCGAAGAGAAAGUUGAAGCCACUUUUAAGGCUUGUAAGCCUAGGGACGGCGAUCGACGACCAAGCCAAACGGCUCCAGUUGAGGCAUCACUUUCAAAAGACAGCGAGGAGAAUGUCAUGGUCACGCGAUUCUGA